GACAGAAACUCUGGGUAUGCAGAAUGGAGGACUGAAAAACCAGGGGCAAAGCUGUUCCUGCACGUCCUGGAGUCAAGAGGACAUCUUGGCUUCUCACCACCAACAAGACUGAAGGAAGAUCCUUGGAAGAGGCUUGUGGGUGCUGCCAUGAUGCCCCAACUCUUGGCUCUGCUCUGCACUGGGCUGUGUGCUGGCCAAGGAAGCAGGACAACUGAUGAGUCCCUUCCCAAGCCCUCCCUCAGGGCCUGGCCCAGCUCGGUGGUGUCUCGCAAGAGUAAUGUGACGCUGCAAUGCUGGACUUCUACCAAGAAUGUCAACUUUGUUCUCAGAAAGGGAAAAGUUCCUUUGCAGUCUUUGCCAUCACGGGCUUCCACAGAGGGCCUGGCUGAAUUUCACCUCACUGACCUAAACACCGACAAUGCUGGAGAGUACGCCUGUGAGUACUACAGACGAGGGAGCCCGUACAUACGUUCACAGCCCAGUGACGUCCUCCUACUGCUGGUGACAGGAGAUUUACCAAAACCUUCCCUCCAAGCCUACCCAAGGGGUGAGGUGAACGAAGGAGAAAACGUGACCCUGCAGUGUCAGGGGCCAGCCAGUGUUUACAAGACUGUAAUGUUCGCUCUACUGAAGGCGGGAGCAGCAGGGCCCAUACAGAUCCGGGGUCCAGUAGAAAAGGAGACGGACUUCUCCCUCCGGACUGUGACAGUCAGUGAUGCCGGGAAUUACAGCUGUGUGUACUUCCAGACAGGGAUUCCUUUCUGGGCUUCGCACCCUAGCGAUCAUCUUGAGAUCCAGGUGACAGGUGAGGUUUGCACUGUAAGGAGGACCGCAGCUGGAUUACCUGCCUGCUGAGGUGCUGGGACCUGAGGGAGUGCGGUGCGGGCACAGUCUGUCUCCACAAGACUCUGCAGCUUGGAGAAAUCAUUUAGGAAGAACCAAGGGAGGGCCAGGAUUCUGUGGAACCGUGUAGAGGAUCUUCUGCCAAGACAGGGAGCAGAGAUGGUGGAGAACCACAUAAAAGGAGGCUGGGUGGGGGCUUCCCACUGUAGGUGGCCGGAUGUACUCUGGGGGGACAGGCUUCAGGGAGGGGGGAUUUGCAAUAAUUGACCCCCACUAGGAAAAUAAGAUGUAGCCACAAAACUAUCGCAUAUCUCCUGGGCAGGGCAUAAUUCAUUUAGACCAAAAUGUGAAUGACACCUCCUGGGGUUAUGCAGAGGAGGUUCUAACCAAAAGGCAGAGGAGGGGGCAGAGAGUAACAGAGCCCAGGAGGAUCUUCCUGAGAAAGACUCAGAGACUGCAGCAAGAUCUGUGUUCCAUUUUCAUUGGGACUCUAGCACUCUUGCCUUUAACUCAGCUGAGUCGAGCUUUUCUCUUCCUGCCGAGCCCUUUCUGUAGAGAGGAAUGAUUUUUUUAAAAAACCAUGGCAAAAGUGCAUAACGUAUAAGUUACCCACCUCCAGAGCGCCCUUCAUCUUGCAGAACUGAAACUCUGUCCCCAUCAGAUAGCCUCUCUGCAACCCUCCCCCACCCCCAGCCCCUGGCUCCCACUAUCCUACAUUGUCUCAAUAUAUCUGACUAAUCCAGGAAACUUACCUCACUGGAAUCAUACGGUAUUUGUCAUUCUGUGACUGGCUUUUCUCGCUCCGAAAUACGUUCUCAA